AAAAAACAAAUAUGGGUGCGUGUAGUAAAAUGUGUCAACGCUUAAGAAUUUAUGAUUUUCUUUGUUUAUUUCGUUUAUUUUAUUGACAGUCUUGAUUUUGUAUAUUAUUUGUGUUGCUGUAUUGACUUAUGUGUUGUGUUUUCUAAGUUUUGAUUUUGAUAAUGGGCACCAGCACAAUGGGUAGCGAUUUGCAUUCCGAUAAGCAGGACAAGUUUGUCAAGCUGCAAGCUCGUAAAAAGGAAUUGGAACAAAUCCUCGCUGCCAAAAACGAAGAACUGUACAAAUUAUGCGUGCAAGAAGUACAAUUGACUGGUGUUAUGCCACCAGAAGCGCCGUUAAGUCCUGAGGUACCGCAAAGAGAGAGAUUAGGUAGUGUAAAAAGUGUCGAUCGAAGUUCGGAGGGUAAUGAUGUUCAGGACGGGCCGGAUAACUCGUCGAGACGUCUCCGGGCUGCACCAAUAGAACGUCCACACGAUGCUGACCGUAAAAACUACACGCACAGGCUGUCUACUCCUUCCAUAUCAGGUGUGUCGACAAAGAGUUCACAUUCAAGGCAUAUACGGCGACCAGAGACUAGUUGCUCUAAUUUCUUUCCUUCUCCGCCUCAGGAGCGGAACACAGACACGUUUUCUAUGCAUCCGUCUCAUACAUACCCCACAUUGUCUACAAGACAGGAGCAAAUGAAUGAGAAUGUCCAAAAUGAUGGUACUAUUUAUCGACACCACACUAUGACAACUGAGUAUAUGAAUAAGAUAUACUACAAUGGUGCUCCAGAGGCUCAUAAUGUGUCUCGUUUAAGAGAAACACAUUUCAGCUCUAGCCAUCCUGAUAUAGCAACUCAUUAUAAUCAUGGUACUGUUGCCCCACAUGUGGUACCAAAUGGUAUACGGAACACACCACUUUUAUACCAUUAUGCGUCCCAACUUAAAGCUCAAAGCCAGCAUUUAGGUGGUCUUCACCAUCAUCAGAUGCAGGGGCAGUCAAAACGACGACCAGAUGGGGUGCGUCGCAACACUUUGCAAAGGACUCAAACCUAUCACUUAACGUCUCAUAGUGACUAUAGUCAGCAUUUGGAGAAUAUGACGGAUGGCUACAGACCUCCAGUGCCCAUGUAUCAACACAGAUCACAGCCUGAUAUUCAGGAGCAACCCCACUUGCCCACAGAAAGGGUAGUUGCUGUACCAAAUGUACUGCCAUUACGAGAGCAUAAUGUCAUGAGAAACCCAAUGCAUUUACAACUGCAAGUGUCCACAGAUGAUUACAGUAGGGAUGAGAGACGACCAUACCCUGACGCAUUAAGUCCUGUUAGCAUUAAAUCAGGGUAUUCAAAUUUCGACUCUGUUAGUAUGAACAAAUUCUCGCCACUCUCUCAAGCAGACAUGAAAGUGAAAGAGAAACAAUGGUACGAGACGUCAUUAGACUCUCCAACAAAAUCUGAAGCACCUCUUCUCAAAAAGAGUUCUAGCUUGAAGAGAACAUCUAGUAUAGGAAAUUCGCAAGCAUAUGAGAUAAUGAUCUCAUCCGGUCGCCAUUCGGCAAUGCAGAGUCCUAAUCAAAUGCCACACAGUCCUCCCAUGCUGUCUCCAGCAGCGGUGUCGCUUGAGUCGCCGAAAAACUUGACAAUUAUAGAACAGGGUAAAUGUAUACCGUAUAGGGAAGAAACAAAACCUUUUGAGAUGUCAGACUUUUAUAAAUAUUCUACGAAAUUUAGGCAAGCUAAUGUUCAAAAGAAUACAGCACAAAGUUCUGGUUUGAAUGCUGCAUAUAAUAAACCACCUUUAGAUGUGAUGCAGUACUCACAAGACCAUUAUCGGGGACAGAUUAAUUGAAAUUGUGGUGGUUAUUUUGUUUUUAUUUAUUAUAUUUGUGUCAAUCGGUGUAACUUUGUAUGUUUAGUUUUAAUUUUUAGCUCAUAGAAUGUACUUAGCCUGCGAAGACAGUAAAGAUCUCUAUUUGCUUAUGAUUUCUUAGGUAACAUUUAACAUAAAAAUAUUGUUCGUUUAACAUGUGAAGAAUGCAAUUGAUUUAUUAUCACUGAUAAGCCCUGAUUGAAAUGAUAAAGUCAUAGACAAUGAUAAGAUACUGUGAUACCAUUGAUACUUGUUGAUUGAUAUUAUUUUGACAAUAAAAUAUGAUAUUCAAACAAGACUUUCAUAGACAAAUGAAAAUGUGAUUUUAAUGUCGUUGAAUUUGUUGUAAAAUUGAUGAGAUUUGAUCUAUUAAAAGAAAAUCAUAUGUGGUUACAUUUUACUUAUAUGACACAAUUCAAAAAUCGCUCAAUAAAAAUAUAGGCAGUUUGCCACCGGUUUUAUAAUUGCCCUAAUGUUUAUUACUGGAUUCUAAAGUCAAGUAGUUGCUGCAUCAGUGUUAAACUAUAUUAUAUUUUGAAAUACCCAGUGCAACAAACAUGGCUUCUAAACAUUUGCAAAUAGAUGGGAAGUAAAUUUUCAUAGUAAUUUUUGAAUUGUGUCAUACAAAGAUACAUUUUCUGUAAUAGUAUUUUGCCCAUACUUUAAGUACAAUGCUUUUACCCACCGCUUUUAGAAAUACCAAUGUACCUACUAACUAGUAGUACUUCAUAAGUUGGUUUUCGUUGAGCCGCUUUUGUGAUAAAUCUGAUAGAACUAAAUAGUUGUUUUGGGUUAUGUUCGCACAAAUCUUUUUUAUUAUAUUUUCGAGAAAUGUUUAUUCAGCACCGGCUUGUUAUAAUAAAAUUGUUCUGUAUUGACUUAUUUACUAAGUUGAUAUUAGUAAAACAGGUCAAUGAAUGUAGGUAAUAUAAACGCCAUAAUCUUCCUUCAGUUUUCGUUUGCUAGUUCUAUCACAUACUUAUUUCUUACGCCCCUCUGGUCUCAAAAAGGCGACUAGUAAGAUGAUGUCGUUUAAUUUUGAUGUUUGUGAUUGGUCGAAAGAACAAUACGUCAGUCACGUGUUAGUCUCUCAACCAAUCACAUUAAGCGACACAAGUUUUUUUUUAAUACAGUUCUAUUUUCAAAUUUAGAUGUCUAUCUACUGAUUACUUUUUUGCCUGUUAAAUAUGAUUAGCCGGUGACGAUUUAGACUUUUUUCAUGACUUGGCUAUCUAUUUUUAACUGUAUGUGUUCUUUACAGUAGUCGAUUACUUAAUUCUAGAGACUAAUUGGGCAACUCGAAAGGGCGUUUUGAAGGACUUUGACAAUUAUUUAUAAAUCAAAAUAAAACUCGUUUUCGGGUUUUGUUGUGGUUUUUGUAUUUUAUUUUUUUCCCAACGUUUCGAAGAUUGCAGCCUUCAUGGUCACAGAACGGACUGCUGAAACUAAACCAUGAAAGCUGCAGUCGAAAUAUCGAGAAAAAAUAAAUUAAAAAAAACCGCGAUAAAAUUUGAAUACUAGUUUUAUUUCGAUGUCUAACAUUCGUGUAAACAUAAGAAAUAACUAUUAACUCUAUAUUGCGAAAAAAUUGCCAUAAACAUACACAAAAUUAGUCAUAACAUAAUUUCAAGAUUGCCCGACAUAGCUGUUACUAAAGGAAUGACGUCGCACGCAAAACGUCGCUUAGUCUCUUGAAUUAAUAAAAAACUCAUCUAACAUUUACAAGCUACAGCAAAUUACAUGUUGCAACACUUAUAAUCUAUCCUUUAUAAAUGCUUGCCUGUUACGAGGACGAUCCUUAUGAUGUUUUUUUUAUUAAAAAAUAAAUUACCGAAACCGGUAACCAAUAAGAUUUGUGCAAUUCAUAAUAUUUACAAACAUAAAAUCUUCGUUUUUUGCCAGAUUGUAGCUUUAAAGCAAGGUUUUUACAUGGCCUUAUUUGCUUGCGUGGCGGUUAGAAAAAUGUCGCGCGUCGACCAUUUUUAUUAUGAAACGGAAAAUUGCCAAUACAGUUUCGCAACGUUAUUCAACAUGUCGACAUGUUUAUUAUUUGGCAUAGUGAAUAGUUUUAUACGGCGUUACUAAAAUUCAUUUUUCGCAUAGCAUAACUAAAAUGUACAACAUAAAGACUUGUUAUACUUGCCAAGCAAUUGAGCCGUUAGCCAAACUGCGUCCAAUAAAUUUAGGCAUUUAUACAAUGUACAUAGCUAUAGAUUUAGAAUAUUUUAAUAUUUUUAGAUGUAAAAUUCCUAACGAAGAAUAUUUUUCUACAUUGUUUUUGUGUGUCCCUGGCACAAUCUAUGUGGAUUCAAUAAAGUUUUACACUUA